UAGAUUAGGAAAACCAUUGUGAUCCUUAAUAUAAAUAGAGAUUUUCAGGCAGCUCUAUUAGUACAUAUCCAGCAGAGAUGAAACAAUUUAACAGAUCGGUUUCAAUUUUUUUUCUUCUGUGGACUGCAAUAGUGGCACAGGAGUGCUACCUAGAGAGACCCUUCUACAUCAAAUCCAUAAUAGGAGGUUUGACCCUUGAUGGUUUGAACCCAGAUAAUGUUAAAGUAUCGGACUUUGGCGGCUAUUCAUACCAGCGGUGGAUAUUUGAAUAUGGUGAUAAACCGGGGCAUUUUUUCAUAGUAAAUGCGUAUAAUGGAUUGGUACUCGACGUUCAAAACUCUAACAGAGACCCUAAUAUCAUUUUGAAUACAAAAAGUAACUCUUUAAGUCAGCAGUGGAUACUCAACUGGAACGGCACUAUUCUUAAUGUAUACUAUGGACGGAAUAUGGAUAUUUAUCAGGGCGAUUUUUUUCCUGGAAACAUUGUUAUAGUAUAUCCAGAUAAUGGAUUAAAGCAGCAACAAUGGACUCUGCAUGAAGUGUCUUGAAACCACAUCACACUGUAGACUGUUAACUGUUAACCAUAAAAGACAAAUAAAUGUAGACUGUGUGAGGUAA